GGCCGUCCCUCGCGGUGCGCGAGGCGUCGCGGAGCUCACCGCCCAGGCACGCGGCGGCCGGGGACCGGGUGCGGGCUGCCUGCGGCGGAGUUGCGUCAUCUUUGUGCAUCAAUGAAGAGUCCAAAUAUGGCUUUGUUCAAGCAACAGAAGGUGGAGGACGUUUACGAAAUUGGGGAAGAGCUAGGAAGUGGCCAGUUUGCUAUAGUGAAGAAAUGCCGAGACAGAAGCACCGGCGUGGAGUAUGCUGCAAAGUUCAUUAAAAAGCGCCAGAGUCGGGCCAGCCGUCGCGGGGUGAGACGUGAGGAAAUUGAACGGGAGGUGACUAUUCUGCAGCAGGUCCUGCAUGCCAACAUCAUCAAGUUGCACGACAUCUAUGAGAACAAGACGGAUGUGGUCCUCAUCCUCGAGCUGGUGUCUGGAGGAGAACUAUUUGACUUCUUGGCACAGAAGGAGUCUUUGAGUGAAGAGGAAGCAACCAGAUUCAUCAAGCAGAUUUUGGACGGUGUGAAUUACCUUCACUCCAAUAAAAUUGCUCACUUUGAUUUAAAGCCUGAAAACAUUAUGCUUCUAGACAAGAAUAUCCCUAUUCCACACAUCAAACUCAUUGACUUUGGCCUGGCUCACAAAAUAGAAGAUGGAGUUGAAUUUAAAAACAUUUUUGGGACUCCAGAAUUUGUAGCUCCAGAAAUAGUAAACUAUGAACCACUUGGAUUAGCUGCAGAUAUGUGGAGUAUAGGCGUCAUCACCUACAUACUGCUUAGUGGUGCAUCGCCUUUCCUUGGAGAAACUAAGCAGGAAACGCUUGCCAACAUCACAGCUGUGAAUUAUGAAUUUGAUGAAGAAUUUUUCAGCAAUACCAGUGACCUAGCAAAAGAUUUUAUUCAGAAACUCCUGGUGAAAGAUACACGGAAACGGCUUACAAUUCAGGAAGCUCUUUCUCAUCCAUGGAUAACGCUGAAAGAAGAAACAAAAGUCCAAGAAAACAAGAAAGUUGAGAACACACAGCUGAAGACAAAACGGCUAAGAGAGUACACCAUAAAAUGCCAUUCAAGUAUGCCUCCCAAUAAUACCUACAUCAACUUUGAGCGCUUUGCCCGAGUAGUAGAAGACAUUUCACUUACGGAACGGGGUUUCAGCGCUUUGGCUGUAGCCCAUGAUUCCUUGCAGGAGGACAUCGAUGCUCUGGUUUCCAUUUAUAAUGAGAAGGAAGCUUGGUAUAAAGAAGAGAAUGAAAGUGUGAGGCACAAGCUGUCUCAGCUGAAGUAUGAAUACCGUAAAAUUGAAUCCCUGAAAAGACAUUUGCAGGACGAUAUCAAGACUGUAGGCACUAGUCUUACAGGCAUAACCGGGAAAUACGCUGAUCUGCAGUGUCAGUACGAAUCUCUAAGUCAAGAGCUUUCUGAGGAACUCAAGUGGAUCCAGGAUAUAAUGAAUAGUUUUAAAAUGGAAAAUGGAAAUGAGACCUGUGUAAAUGGAAACUUUGACUCUGUGUUCAACAAAGAUAUUAAUGAAUCAGUAAUGGAGCUGUUAAAUAGAUCUUGCUGUGAAGAAUUCCUUGCAGGGUUGAAUCUUGAUGUGGCAGAAUCAAAUCAGUAAUGUUGGUAGACCAGGUUAGGUGCAGAGUUUGCGUGUUUUUGCUGUCUGCCUUACUGUACAGCUGUUAAAUUCUCAGUGCAUAAUCUCUACAUAAAAACAUCACCUACUACUGAAACAGCAAUUCUCAUAUAUGGCACGAACCACUGACCAAAUCAUAGACUUUUCGUGGUUUGUAGUGCUGAAGUUGUUUUCUCUUGUUCUGUGUAUGAACUUACAGGGAACUAGAUUAUCACAGUAGCAUGCAGCACGUUUAACCUUACAGCCAUAUGCACUGACUUCGUCAUAUACACAGCUCCUGAAGAUUAUUAGGUAAUUAAACUGGAAUGAAGAGUAGUCCGGUCCAUGCUCACUGGAGAUCACAUACCUGGAAACCUGUAAAAAUCUCAUGGUAGCAUCUUUGGCUGGGUGAAGAAAACGGCUGUGUAGACCUGCUGCAGAUAGUUCUACGGAGCAGAUGAGAGAAAUACUUACAAAGGUUAAAUCUGUCCAGUAAAAUAGAGUAAAUGAUGCAGUAAUUUAACAUUAGUACUGUGGAAAAUCUCCAUGAAAAUGACUGCUGAUGAAGAAAUGUUAAGAUGAUCUUUUUAGGCCAGUUAUGCAGGGUUCCAUCUUUUACCAUCAACAGAUGUUAGCUACUGAUUAAUCCUUUUGUCUAAAAUUCAGUUGUUUCAUAUCCUGUACCAAAGAUAUUCUAUUCAAAAGACAAAAUUGUGAAUUUGUAAUGAACUCAUCAAAUAACUGUAUGUAAUUUCACUGUGCAAAUAUUGAUUUGUCAGCGAUGAUGAGCAAUAUCAUAGACCUCUGGUUUGCUUUUUACGAUGAAGAAGACAAAGCAAACAACUAACUUAAUCUACCGUGUGGGAUUUGAGACCAGUGUUCUUGUUGUGAAUAAUUUUUUUUAAGUGUUAGAAAGUAAAAGAAGAGUUGGCCCAAAGUUGAAUUAUGCCCUGCUGUCUUGUAUUUCAAAUAAGUCACUUGAUUUUACUGCAUUUAUAUGCAUAGAUGUACCUGUCUCAUUUUUGGACACAAUAAAUAGUUCUUCAUGCAGGAUACAAUUGCUCCCUGGUGGUGUAGGCAGUGAAUGAGAAAGAGAUGUUAAGCUUCUGUGUACUGGAAAGAGAUGCUGGGCCAGGCUCUGCAGCUGGUUUACAGCCCCCUUGCUUAACUGUGUACAUGUGCUGCGAGGUGACUGUUACCAGCUACAAGAAUCAGUGAGGCAGAAGGCAGACAUCCCUGCAUCAUCCUCAAAGCCGUCCAGAGGGGCUCUGGAUAUACACCAGAGCAUAUUCUUUCUCUGUCCAGGCUCCCACAGAAAGAGCCCACUCCUCUUUUCCAGAAAAUUAAUGACCUGAUUAGAUUGAAUUGUUGUUCAUAACAUUAUAAAAAUGUUUCCUACUUUGAGAUUAAAAGAUAACAGCCCACUCUCAUCCAGUUUGUAGAGUACGGUGGAUCCGAAACUGCGGCAUCCUCACAAUGGCAUACAGAGACUAGUGAAAAUUCAGGAUCCUGAAAACAAUUAUUUAACAGUGGUGGUGUUAAUCCUGUCAUUGGGCUUGGUGGAGGAUGGAGACUGGAUGUGCUCUCUGGGGCAUCUUACCUUGCACAAGAGGUAAAAUUUUCCAAAGCAACUUAGCCACGAGAUGUCCCUAGCAACCCGAUGUUGACGUUUGGGGAGAAUUGGGUUCCAGUGUGACUCGGGUUAUAUUGAAAAUUUUACUCACGUCCAUUCUGAAUUCUCCUAAAAUGCUUACCUUGUCAUUUCUGGAGGUUCCUUUGAGCUGAAAGUCAUGGCGGUUCCUGUCCAGGGGAACCAGAACACAGGAUUUUCAAGAGGGGAAGAGUUUCAAUUCUUAAAAAGUAACUUAAAGCCUAGUAAGAGUCAACAUCUGUACAAAAACCUCUCAAGAAAAAUUCUGCCUUCCCUCAGCUGUGAUCCCACAUCCUCUGUUCAUGUAGGUUUGCUCUGUGUACAAAAGUACUGGCACAAGGAGAAGGAACGUUAAAUGAGGCCACUCUGUUCCGGAGUGCGUCUGGGUGAGGUUAAUGUUGCUGUGACUCAGUCCUUGAGGCUAGUGCUCUUGGAGCUGAAGGAGGUCACUGACCUGAUGCUUUGGAGAAGGUUUUCGGAUGGCUGAGAAAAUCACAAGGUCACUGCUUUGCAAGCUACUUAAAAAUUGAGAGGCAGUUUCUAACAGUCUGGAGUGCUGUAAAGCAAACUAUUUUGAUUCAGCGAUGGCUCUGCUGCUGAAAGGGCACUCAGAAGUUUUUCAUGAUGAUUGUAUGGCUGACAUUUAACCAGUGACAUUUUUUCCACUUCGAAUUGAUUUCUACUCAGUGUUUUUGUUGUACCACGACAGCCGUUUGCAGCAUGAGGAAGUGAUAUUUAAUGCCUAAAUGCCCAGGUUCUGUUUUGCACAAAUGAGGUAUACAUCAAAAUGAGAAAAAGGCCUGGCUGGUAACUUGGCUCUUUUAAUUGCUGCUCACUCAGAUACCUGCAGGUUUCUUAUUGUAGAGGAAAUUUCACUUUCCAUAUUUGCUUACAGAAAUUCUAAAGCUGGGCCAUCUUUAGAAAAUAAUAUGAAGCAAAAGCAAUGCAAAAAUCCUGUUUCUUUCUCAUCCUAAGGGAUUUUUAUGCAUCUUUAUUCAAUGUCAACGCUUGUCCUUAAUUCCCCCCGAAAAAUAUUACUGGAAUUGGCAAUUCUAUGUUCUCCUCCAGUUAAGGUGUAUAUACCAUACUCCCCCUCAAUUUGUCAUCUUUAAAUUGUUUUCCUGCCUUCUGAUGGCCUAAACUUGCUGGAUUUGGUGUUAAGUGCUGCUAGAGAAAUACUCCUUCUUUGUAAUAUACCAAAUUUCAAGGGUCUUUAUGGUGGUGAUGUGGGUUUCAGAACCAAGAACUUCAUUUGAAAUGGAGCUCGCUCUCUGUUAAUCAGGCUGUGACUGGCUGAUGACAGACCUUCAAGUUACCUGUAUUUGGCUCUUGCAAUGAAAGCAUUUUCUAAAAAUCUACAAUGGAAAGGUGUGAGCUCUUAGCUACUAGUGGUCAGGUUUUUGGUGAAUCGCAAUCUGCACAUGGUGUUUAAAAUUCAGCACAUUGCUGUGUUCCUCCUUUUUUUCUUAAAGUAAAAUAUAUAGAGUGCAUCAACAAGUGUGCUACACCUGUGUUGCAGGGCCUCUGACAGGUUGUGUUCCACAGCUGUGCACUUCUGUACACUCUUGGUUUCCAACAAACAGUGGUGGCUGUUGCCCAGCGUAGCAUUUGAGGAGAAGAAUGAAUUUGUUGUCCCAUAAACAUUGUCAGUGAUUUUCCUGAGAAAAUGUUUAAAUCCCCAUUGAUGUGUUUUUCAUUCUGUUUUGGUACUCCUGCUACUUUAAUUGGCUGCCUUGGUUGCAUUUUGGUUCAGUCCAAUGUAAACAUUUCUGGGGUAUCCACUGCCUACUUAAGCAAAUCAGAACUGCUGGGAUGGUUGUGAUCCCAUAAACUCCAUAAUCUUUGAAGGGUUGAUUUUUGGCCUAUCUUGUCUCACUUCUGCUAGACCUGUAUUAGCACAUUUGUUUUUAUCUCAUUACCAGUCAGAUACAGUUGUUUGGUCUGUGCAAAUUUUGAUGUGGUUUUGGAAUUUGAAGAUGCUUCAUUUUUAGAAGGGCUGUGUGUUAUGGCUUUCAGAACAUCUGCUCCUUGACAUCAGACUUGCACCCAAAAUUGUUAGGCAUGUGUCUGAAUUCUGGUAUUUCUUUCUUUCUUUCAAUUUCUCAGUACUCAAAUAUUGCAGUUCUUUCCUCUUAUAUUCACUGACAGAGAAUCAGUAUGUUGUGCUCUCCUGCUCUGGGUGUGGUUAAAGGACAAAGCCUGGGUGAGUCUUUUCAAGUAUUAUGUAGCAUGUAUGCUGAUAACUGAUAUUAAAUCACAGCUAACAUUAUCCCAUUUUAUUAUGAUGACUUCACCAAAACAAAAUGGGACAGGUCCAGUGAAGAGCCACUAGCACAAUUAAGGGAUUGGAGUGUCUGAUAUACGAGGAGAGGCUGAGAGCACUGGACUGUUCAGCCUGGAGAAGAGAAAGCUCGGGGGGGAUCUUAUCAGUGUGUGUAAAUACCUGAUGGGAGGGAGCAAGGACGACAGAGCCAGACUCUCCUUAGCCAUGCCCAGGAGGAGAGGCAAUGGGCACAAAUUGAAAAACAAGAAUUCAGAUUAAGCAUAAGAAAAAACUUUUUUACUGUAAGGAUGGUCAAACACUGGAACAGGUUGCCUGCUGGGGUUUUCAUCCUUGGAGAUGCUCAAACUGGGCAUGGUCUUGGACAACCUGCUGUAGCUGAUGAUGCUCUGAGCAGGGGAUUUGGACUAGGCGAUCUCCAGAGGUCCCUUCCAACCUCACUCAUUCUGUGAUUCUGUGAAAAGCUUUUGUUCACUGAUUGAUUCUAUUCCAUGAAAAUGUAGUCUUUCCUAGCAAAUCCAGUGCUGACCAAAGCUGGUCAUGGAUUUACUUUUCUCGGGCUACCUUUUAAUUUUGUUUGCGAUCUGUCAGCCUCAGGCUAACUGCAGCAGACUCCUCCCAGUCGCAGGUUACCUGAACCUUCCUGUGAUUUGGAUAACCAGUCAAGGUUUUACUUACCAGCUUUGUGCAACACAGGAAGAGGGCUACUGUGUGAUACCAAUUUCUUGUUUUGGUUGUAGAGUACAGCUAGGGCUGUCUGAAGUUAACCCAUAUUUAACAUUCACGUGAAUGUUUCAUGCUUUCCAUGUCAGAUCUGAAAUACUGCCUCAGGCUUAUCUGUGCAUCUCUGAAGUCCUGUAGCACAGAACACAUUUUUUUCUUUCUUUCCUUCUAUGAUGAUUAAAUCAGACCGAUAGAGAAAGCUAUAAAAGCACAAUUCAGAAAAGACAUGUUAGAAUAAAAUGAAAAGCCUCAGACUGGAAUGUAGGAAAGGGCUCUAACGUAUCCUUUGUUCUGAAGUAUCUUUGUGAAGGGCAAAAUGCGGAAAUCUGUCUGUGAGCAAUUAGAAGGUAGUGUGGGACUUUAGCAGUGUGACGAUACUGGGUUCGUUUCUGUUCUGUCUUUAUUUCUAGCUGGCAUGUGCAAAACCCCUGAGAAGCAGUGGGCUGCAAAGGUGUUGAUGUGCUGACAACAGCUCCAUCUCCUUUCUGUCAGGCCCCAAGGAACCUUUUCCUGGCUCCUCCAUGAUCUUUCGAAAAGACAGACAUAAAUAAAUGCCAGCUGACAGCACCUUAAUCCAGAGAAAAUGGUGCAGGUGUGCAGUGAGAAGCACUUUGAUGACUUUGCAAAGUGGAAGCAUCAUUUUACAUCUUCUAGCAUCUCCUUAGUUAACUCCUGCUUUUGUUUGGCUGUCCUUUAUCUUGUCCUUUGGCUGGAAAAGCUGUUCCCAGACCUUUUUUGCUUUUGUGUGGAUCAUUAUGGAAAGGGUAGGCACAAGUGGAGGCUGGAGCCAAGCCCGUGCCACGUGAUAUGCCUUUUGUGCACCAGGACAAGCGGCUAGAAAGGGGCAGCAGUGGAGCCCUCAGAAGAAUUUUGCACACAGGGCCAAGUGUGAUGAGUGAACAAACUGGAGACAUCUACCAUGGACAUUUUGGGGGAUUUUGAUUAAAAUCAAAGGGGUCCUGUCCUGGACUCAGUGAUUUAAUUCUUUCUUCUGCUUUUAUCUGUAUGAAUCCACAGCUUCUCCAGUAUUAUUUUCAGUCAGCUUUACAACAACAGCAAAAGAAGAACCUAAGGUAUUUUAUGUGCCAAAAGGAGCCAAGCAAUAAACUUGCUGUUUCUUAUC